GCCUUAUUUACAUGCUGUAGAGCCUUGGGACAAGAGCACAGGGAAGAGCACGAGUUCGAGAGUGUUCAAUAGUGAGAGAGGUAGAGGGAGAGAGAGGGAAAUAUAGCAGUAGCAGUAGGAGGAUCACCCUAUAAAGCGCAGAAGGACUUUGACUGUAGUGUAUUUGGCUGUUGUGUGGAUGUAGUGUGUUAUGAUGUGGAGCUGACACAGGUGGGAAACACCCGCAGUUCAGAGAACAGGCAUAAAGCGAAUUGCUGUUGCCAUAGUGACGCCCCAGUGCGGUACAUAAUGGGUCUUCUGACGCAGCUCAGGCUUCUGCUGUGGAAGAACUUCACUCUGCGCAGGAGACAGAAGCUGCGGUUGGUAAUUGAGCUGGUGUGGCCGCUGUUUCUUUUCUUCAUUUUGGUCUGGGUGAGAUCUACCAACCAGCCCACCUACAAAGGCCAGUGCCAUUACCCCAACAAGCCAAUGCCCUCAGCAGGAGUGUUGCCAUGGUUACAGGGCAUGGUAUGCAACAUCCAGAACCCAUGCGUCAGUCAGCCGACGCCGGGAGAAACACCUGGACAGGUCAACAACUUCAACAACUCGAUUCUCGCAAAGGCUCUGAUUGAGGUGCAGUCUCUCCUGGCUGACUCCACCCUCCUCUCCAACCUCAAACUGCUGUCUGGUGACAUUAACCAAUGGUCCUCUAUCCUUCAGAGUUCCAACCCAGUCAACGGUCGAUCGAUUCCGUUGCGCAGCGUGCUAAAAGAUAAUGAGACGUUCUCCGAAUACCUGAGGAGCAACCUGUCAGUGCCAACGCAAACAGCCCAGAGACUGACGAGUGUGAGAGUCCGACUCAAUCAGUUACCUGCUCUCUCAGCUGAGACAAACCUGCGCUCCACCUUGUGUAGCUCCACCUCCGUGGAUCGCUACCUGGAGUUUAACUCGACCAUUCAGAGACAGGAAUUCCUGAACAUCACAUGCUCCCUGACGCCCAAUCAGCUUCUCCAAACCAGAGAGGUCCUCGUUCGAAAUCUGGACAAUAGAAAGCUGGCAACCGCACUUCCUUUGGCACUCAACCUUAACCCAGCUGAGACGGCACUGCUGCUGGCCAAAACUAGCACCCAUGCAGCUCCUGUGGCCAACCAGGUGUCAAAACUGCAGUCCUCAACUUUACUCAGUGCAGUUAACGGUCUAGACUUCCGUUCAAAUCCCUUCGGCAGUUUGACUUUGUUGAUGUGUGGUGGGGAUUCAGGCUUUAACUCCACCAAGAGCAGCAACACCAGCAGCAGCUCCAACCCAGGCUUUCGAUUACCGACUCAAUCCACAACUGCACUCAGCUUAAACUCAACCCACAGCAACUCUAGCGAAUUCUGUCAGAAUUUGGUUGAUGUGUUGAAAGGUACACCCUCUCUGCGUCUCUUCUGGACUACUCUCCGCCCACUUCUCCAAGGAAGGGUCCUAUACACACCGGACACACCCUUUACAAGACGGGUUAUCGCACAGUCCAACAGUACAUUCGAUGCUCUGUCUAAAGUGGAGGUGCUGGCUGAUACCUGGCUGGAAAAUGAAGAUGAAAUCUGGAACUUCUUCCAGAACAGCACUCAGAUCAACACCCUGAGGACUCUCCUGCAGAACCCUCUGUUUGUGGCAGCUCUGGACCAGCAGCUGAAUGGAACCCAACUUUCUUCAGCUCUGAUCGCCAGCUUCCUGUUUAAUGGGGAUGAGAAGGACCGGCCUGUGGGAGUGCCAUCGUUCGACUGGAGAAACAUGUUUAAUGCCACCAGCCAGGCUGCCAGAUUACUCAAGGAGGUCAUGGGGUGUUUUGAUCUGGAUAAGUUUGAAGCCGUCUCCAGUGAGUUGUUGCUGGUGGAGCGCGCUAUGAAGCUCCUGGAUGAAGAGAGGUUUUGGGCCGGGAUCGUCUUCACUGACCUUGACUCCCCCUCGCUGGUCAGAUACAAGCUCCGCAUGGACAUCGAGGACACAGAGAGGACAGAUAAGAUCAAAGACAGGUCCUGGAGACCGUCCGCUCGUGAUAACCCCUAUAAUGACCUGCGCUACGUGAGAGGGGGUUUUGUGUACCUGCAGGAUAUGCUGGACCACGGCAUCAUACGCACACAAACCGGCGUCCGGCAAACUCUGGGUGUCUACACACAGCAGAUGCCUUAUCCAUGCUAUGUAGACGAUGCCUUCGUGUCGUCCAUCGCCACCAUCCUGCCAAUGUUCCUGGUGCUGGCCUACAUGUACACGGUGUGCCAGACCAUCAAAGGCCUGGUACUGGAGAAGGAGCUGAGGCUGAAGGAGGUUCUGCGUGUGGUGGGCGUUCGGAACGGACCACUGUGGUUCUCUUGGUUCACAGAGAACAUGGUGCUGCUGACCAUUCCCUGCGCGCUCAUUAGUUUGAUGGUCAAGUACGGAAAGGUACUGAGAUACAGUGACCCGUCGGUGAUAUUUGUCUUUCUGCUGGUCUUCUGUAUGGCCACGGUAAUGCAGUGCUUCUUCAUCAGCGUGUUUUUCUCGCGGGCCAAUCUGGCGGCCGCCUGCGGAGGACUCAUCUACUUCCUGCUUUACCUGCCGCACGUGCUCUGUUAUGCCUGGAGAGACGUCAUCACCUUCAGGGCCAAACUCGCCACGAGUCUGCUGUCGUGUGUGGCGUUCGGUUACGGCUGCGAGAAUUUUGCACGUUAUGAGGAGCAGGGUGUGGGCAUCCAGUGGAAGAACAUCGGGAUCAGCUCUCAGGAGGACGACCCCUACAGCUUCAUCGUCUCCAUUAUCAUGAUGCUGAUUGACACUCUGCUCUACUGGAUUCUCACCUGGUACAUCGAGAAUGUGUUUCCAGGACAGUAUGGGAUACCCAAGCCAUGGUAUUUUCCUUUCACCUCCUCAUACUGGUGUGGGACUCCGGUGGGCUCCUACAACGAGCCGGAACCUCUAGAUGCACUGGAGGACCAAAACGGUUAUCUGGAGAAGGCCUCUGCUGGACUGAAGCCUGGUGUGUCUAUAAGAAAUCUGGUGAAGGUGUACAAAACUGGAAAAAAACUGGCUGUGGAUAAGCUCAGUCUGGACUUCUAUCAGGACCAAAUUACUUCAUUCUUAGGACACAACGGAGCUGGAAAGACUACCACCAUGUCCAUUCUGACCGGGCUAUUCGCUCCAACGUCCGGCACGGCCUAUGUUAACGGCUUCGACAUCCGCACAGACAUGGACAGCAUUCGGAAGACGCUGGGCAUGUGUCCGCAACACAACGUCUUAUUUAACGACCUGACCGUGGAGGAGCACAUCUACUUCUACGCCCGUCUGAAGGGAUGCAGCUCCGAGGAGGUAAAACAGGAGAUAGAUCAGAUGAUCAAAGACGUGGGACUGCCGCACAAACGCAAGGAGCUUGCCAAGAACCUUUCAGGUGGGAUGCAGAGGAAGUUAUCAGUCGCCAUUGCGUUUGUCGGCGGGUCCAAUGUGGUCAUCCUGGACGAACCCACUGCUGGAGUGGAUCCAUAUGCGAGAAGAGGAAUCUGGGAGCUGCUGCUUAAAUAUAAAACGGGCCGGACCAUCAUUCUGUCCACGCACCACAUGGAUGAGGCGGAUAUCUUGGGGGACCGUAUUGCGAUCAUCUCUCAUGGUCGUGUGUGCUGCUGUGGCUCCUCCCUCUUCCUGAAGAAAACAUAUGGCAGCGGAUAUUACCUCACCCUCGUACGGACCAAUCAGGACAAAUUCAACAACCUGUACAAACCGCAGAGUGACAUCGGCAGUCUAGACGAAGGAAUCGGCUCAGCCAGCGUCUGCAGCGUGGAGCCAACAGAUGUAGCGGAUGUGAGCGGUCUGGUGCGGAGGCAUGUUCCGGAGGCGGAGUUUCUAGAGAUCAUAGGUCAGGAGCUGGUGUACAUUCUCCCCUACACCGGCUCUAAAGACGGCACCUUCGCUUCACUUUUCAAAGAGCUGGACCUGGAGAGAGAGAGGCUGGGCAUCAGCAGCUAUGGCAUUUCAGAUACCACCCUGGAGGAGAUAUUUCUAAAAGUGGCAGAAGAGACGGGCGUCGAUGUUGAAACUACUGAUAAAAAAGAUGCGCUGGAGCGAGACUGGAAGAGGAGCUCCAGAGAGUCCAGAACACGGAGCAUCAGUUCAGCCAUGCAGCAGAGAGAGAGUGAAGCUUCUAAACAUGGAGAGAAGAAGGGAAGGUUCUCGAAUCGAGUUGCAGACGGUGAGCGCUCCGUGUGUGUAAACGGUAAAGGCUCGUGCGUUAUUACUGGUUGGCCUCUGAUCAGGCAUCAGUUUCUGGCCCUGUUCAUAAAGCGUUUUCAUCACGCACGAAGAAGCAGGAAAGGAAUCAUCGCUCAGGUGGUCCUCCCGGCGUUCUUUGUGUGUUUGUCUCUGAUCUUCUCUCUGAUUGUCCCUCCAUUUGUGGAGUAUCCUAGUCUGGAGCUGCAGCCAUGGAUGUAUGGAAAACCUCAGAACACCUUCUACAGUGCUGACGGGCCAGCUGUAGCGGAGGUGGUGAGUGUGACUCGUUCCCUCCUGAAUGAGCCGGGGUUUGGCACACGCUGCAUGGAGAGCAACCCUAUACCCAAGUACCCGUGUGUUCCUGCUGGAGCGACUGACUGGUCCACUCCUGCUGUGGAUCCCUCCAUCCUGGAGAUCUUUGCGAAUGGUAACUGGAGCAUGCAGAAUCCCUCACCGGAUUGCCAGUGCAGUACACCCCAGCGCAACAUCAUGCUCCCAGACUGCCCUCCUGGGGCUGGAGGAUUACCGCCACCUCAGAGAACACAGAACACGACAGACACUCUGCAUGACCUUUCUGGCCGAAACAUGACCGACUUUCUGCUCAAGACUUAUGCAAAGUCUGGAAAAAUACGUUACGGAGGGAUUUCUGUUGGAGGAGUGAACUCUCAGGUCAGAAUGAACGAGUCUGAGAUAACGGCGGCUCUUUUGGAUCUCAGAGCUCUCUUCAACUCAUCCCAGAAUGAUGUAACCGAUAAGGUCUUCCAGGACUUGGAGACGUUGCUGAUAGAGCUCGGAACCAAAAACAAUGUGAAAGUGUGGUUCUACAACCAAGGCUGGCAUUCAAUAGCAUCAUUCCUGAACAUAGCCACCAAUGCCAUCCUCAGAGGGAAUCUUCCGGCCGGACUGCAGCCAAAACUCUACGGCAUCUCAGCAUUCAACCAUCCACUCAACCUCACCAAGCAGCAGCUCUCCGCAGUCUUGGCAUCCAGUUCCACAGAUGUGGUGGUGUCCAUCUGCGUGAUCUUCGCCAUGUCCUUCAUCCCAGCGAGUUUCGUCCUCUUCCUCAUCCAGGAGCGCGUCAGCAAAGCCAAACACCUGCAGUUCGUCAGCGGGGUGAAUCCUGCAGGCUACUGGGUGGCCAACUUCACCUGGGACAUGUGUAACUACAUUGUGCCAUGCAUCAUCGUCAUUGUCAUCUUCCUCUGCUUUCAACAAAAAGCGUAUGUGUCCCCUCCGAACCUGCCGGCACUCAUCUUACUGCUGGUUCUCUAUGGCUGGUCGAUCACUCCGAUGAUGUACCCCGCCUCGUUCUUCUUCAGCGUUCCGAGCACAGCGUACGUCGUGCUCACCUGCAUCAACCUCUUCAUCGGCAUCAAUGGCAGCGUUGCCACCUUCGUCAUGGAGCUGUUCGAUGAUCCGAACAUCACUCGUAUCAACGACAUAGUGAAACAGGUGCUACUGAUAUUUCCUCACUUCUGUCUGGGCCGAGGACUCAUCGACAUGGCUAAAAACCAGGCCAUGGCUACACUCUUCAGCAGCAUGGGCGAGGAUAGAUUUGAGGAGCCGCUGGGCUGGGAUAUGGUGGGGAAGAAUCUGUUUGCCAUGGCUAUAGAGGGUGUAGUGAUGUUUGGGUUUACGCUCCUCAUCCAGUACAAGUUCUGCUGGAAGCCCAGGUUGGUGACAGGGUUGCCGGUAGCGUCGGUGGAGGAGGAUGAAGAUGUCGCUCGUGAGCGUGAACGAGUGCACAGGGGUGGAGCCCAAAACGACUUGCUUCAAAUCUGUGAUCUCACCAAGGUGUACUCUGGUAAGAAGGUUCCAGCUGUGGACAGGAUCUGCGUGGGUGUACCUGCUGCUGAGUGUUUUGGCCUGUUAGGUAUAAACGGAGCUGGUAAAACCACCACAUUUAAAAUGCUGACCGGAGAUAUCCCAGCCUCGGGAGGAGAGGCUUUCCUCAAUGGAUACAGUAUCCGUACAGAGAUGAGGCAGGUUCAUCAGAAUAUGGGUUACUGUCCUCAGUUUGACGCCAUAGACGACCUGCUGACCGGACGAGAGCAUUUGGAAUUUUAUGCCCGACUGAGGGGGGUUCCAGAGCGGGAGGUCACCACGGUGGCAGAGUGGGGCAUACAGAAACUGGGUCUUGUGAAAUACUCCAACAAAUCUGCUGGGACCUACAGUGGAGGGAACAAACGCAAGCUGUCCACAGCCAUGGCUCUCAUUGGCUGCCCGCCUCUCAUAUUUCUGGAUGAGCCGACGACAGGAAUGGACCCGAAAGCUCGCCGUUUCCUGUGGGACUGCAUCCUGAGUGUGAUCAAAGAGGGACGCUCCGUCAUCCUCACCUCACACAGUAUGGAGGAAUGUGAGGCCCUGUGUACUCGUAUGGCGAUCAUGGUCAAUGGUCAGUUUAAGUGCCUAGGCAGCAUUCAGCAUCUGAAGAGCAGGUUUGGUGAUGGUUAUACAGUGAUAGUGCGAGUGCAGGACGGUCCGGCUGAUUUGAGCUCAGUGGAGGACUUUGUGUGCCGCACGUUCCCCGGCAGCAUCCUGAAGGAGAAGCAUCACAACACGCUGCAGUACCAGAUCCCCCACACAGAGGGCGCGCUCUCACACAUCUUCAGUGAGUUCAGCAAACACCAGCAUGCGCUGGGAGUGGAGGACUAUUCUGUCUCUCAGACUACACUGGACCAGGUGUUUGUGAAUUUUGCCCGGCAGCAGCACGAUGCCGAGGACGGCGUGUACGAGAAUCCGGUGGACCUGAGCGAUGAGAUUCCAAUGCAGAGAUGCUGAUAACAUACACACUCAUACACACACAAGACAGCUUAGAUAUGCACUUAGUUAAUAACCUUAAAGCCUUUUCUUUUAUCGUUAAACGAGUACUGUUUUAGAUCUCAAGAGAUCUCAGGAAUUCGAGGAAGAAUAAGUUCUUGUUAUAAUCACGAUCAUGAUUUCAGCAGAUUAUUUUUCUACACUUCAUAUUUUUAUAAUUCAAUUCAAUGUAAUGUUAUUUGCAAAGCGCUUUUUACAACAGGUUCUAUUCAAACUUUUACGUGAUUAGGUUAAACAGUUUAAACUUACCUGUGAUUAGUUGCUGCAGGUAGAAUAUGAUCUUUAGUCACAUAUCACCUAGCAUGAAAGGACUGCCAAAGCCAUAAGCCAUAAUAUUUCUAUAUGGACCAGUUCACACAUCAAAGGGUCAGACUCUUCACAGUUUAAAGGGCAUCGUGCUAUUACACAGUCAUUUUCCUGAUGAGAUUCCACUCCAGUUUCCUCCAAAAUGACUUUUUAACUCCAGACAUCACUCCAAACGUCCCUGUGACUGAACACGAAACCUCACUAACCGUACGCACUGUUAGGGGUGGGCAGUAUGAUAUGAUAUUGUUAUUGUGAUAAAUUGCAUCACAAUACGCUGUUCUUAGUGGAUCAUGGGUAUUAUCAGUACUUCUAGACCGACAAAAACAUGUAUGCAUCAUUUAGGCCAAUUAUAGACCAAAUCAGAAUGUUUGCAAACUGGUUAUACUUCCGGGGGGAUAACUCGCAUCCAGUCAGUCGAUUUAUGGCACAAUCAACAAUAUUGAAGCAUAACAGUUUAAACAUUGACAAUACUGGUAACAUUAUGUUGAGUUUGAGGCUGUAAUGUCAAAAAUACCCACAUAUGUAAUGGAUUUUAUUAACCCAGUGUUAAUCCCAGUGAGGGACCGUCUGUCUUUGCUAACACUCUAUAGCUAAUACAGCUGAAGCUAAUACAACUAAAUCUAAUACAGCUAAAGCUAACGACAAUUAGCGAAUUCUUUACUCUUCCAGAUGAGCAUGAAGUUGCCCAGCACUAUUACACAACCAAUAAGUGUGACUGCUGGUUUUAGAAUUAUUACUCUGUAGUUUAACACAUGCUAGUUUAGCAGUAAAUAGAAAUCUGUGUGAGUGUGUGUGUAGAGUAGUGUGCAGCAGCUUUAGCAUUUCAUUUCAUGCAUUAAGAUAGUUAACUGGCUAGUAAGGUAGCUGGCUAAUUAGCUUUCUCGAGCAGGUGGAAAAUGAACUAAAACUAUAGGCGUAAGUUCAGUUGGUUCCCGUUUGGGUCAGUUCUUAUUUUUAGAUGUGCAGCAAGAAAAAAACCCCUCAAAAAGUGAAUAUUUCUUUAUUAAACUCUGCUCUUACAUGUGUGGCUGCUGCAUGCUGAUGGUUAUACAAAAAAAAUAACUACACAAAGUCGUAAAGUUAUUGACCUUAGAAGAUAUGUUUAAAAAGAAGCUGUCUAUCUUGGUUAAGUCUUAGGAUUAGGGCAAAACCCUGGAGUGCCAGUGCAGAACUACCUGCGUUAUCCUCCCAGAAGUAGAUUUUUUGCCGCUGUGACGAAAUGCUGAUUUGUCCUAUAGAGAGCCUGUAAACAUUAAUAAUCAGUGUAUAGUAACUGCAUGAACUGCAUAGUAACAAGUAGCUGAUUGGAUAUCAACCCAUUAUGACAUCAUCUCAUUGGUUUAUUUAUGUUUUUCUUUUGUUUCUUUGUAAAUGGUGCAUUUUUUGAAAAAAUGACUGAGGUGAUAGUUUUAUUUAAAUGUGUCACUAUUAUUUUUCCUGUUGCAACUUACAAUCCACAAAGAAAGGAAAUAUUAAGAUGCAUAUUUUAUAUAGCAAAAAUGCCUUCAAGUACCAUGAUGAUAUAUUUUUGCCAUAUCCACAACCCGAAGACCCUUUCCUACUGUGUACCACUUGACACUAUUUAAAUACUUACUUAAAUACUAAAUGAUCAUAGAUUUAAAUUAUGUUUUGGAUAUAACCUUUUUUAUACUCGUUAUUUCCUAGAAAGUAAUCUACAGGGUUUGGUCAAAUACUUGUAAACUGCUUUCUGGAUGUUUGGCUGGAUAUCCGGCUUUGACUCCGAUUGUACACUGUCUGUCAAAAUAUUGCAGAUACCUUACCUCCUUAUCUUAUUAAUGUUUGAUUUUCACGGUCGCUUUUCAGUUAAAUAAGAAAAAAGACCUACAAAGGUUUUGUUAAUAUAAAGUAUCUAUUUGCUUUUUUUUAAAAUUUUGAAUUACUUCUUUCUUCUAAGCUACUGUGAGCACAAAUCGAAACUUUCAUCACAAUGCAUCACAUCACACACUGUGACAUUAUGAUGUCACAAUGCUAUGGCAUCAUUGUUUAACAGUACCUUCAGUUUUGCAUAUUUUGCAAAGUCAAUCAUCAAGAUCUGAACGGCUAUUUAAUAUGUUCAGCUGCGAGAUGAUAAAGAAAUCAUCGUCGCUUUUAUUAAAAUUAGCUUGAAAAGGUGUCCCCAAACUUUUGACAUUCAGUAGACUUCCUGUUUUAGCUUCAGUAUAGCUCAGGGAAUUGCACUAAACUGUCAUCAUUCUGCAUCACGCAUGUACUGUAAUAUUCUGUACUGUAUGUAAUGAUGUUUGCUGGAAGGCUAGGGCGAUGACUUAUUCAUGCGCUGCCCACAAAUGCAUUUCUGUCUUUACAGCUUUACAGAACAUCACUGAAAAUCUCCUUCAAGUUAAUGCUAAACUGUAGCGCACAUUUGUGAAAAUGUCUAAAUUUGGAGCUUUAUCAUAACCUUCUAUUGCACAAUGUUGCCUCAGGGCAACAAACCCAUUUUCCUCACUUUACAAUAACAUAAAACAUGUUUAAUCACAGUGAAAGGGUUUCUAGUGAGGGUAAGAGUUUGAAUAAAUCAUUAAAAGAAUGUGUUUUGUCAUACUAUCCUUUAAUGAACCAUGUGGCUUGUGGAUGACGUUUAAACAUUUUUCCCCUCAGGAAAACAAAUUUUCAUCCAAAAUAUGAUAUGACCUGAGUUCAUUGUUUAACAAAAUAUUUAACAAUAAAUCAUUUUUAUGUUAUGAGAAACUGCUGAAACAGUUUUGUUGCCCAGAAGCAACAUUGUGCAACAGUGGAAUGGAUUUAGCCAAUUACAAAGUCACUAACGCAGCCAUGACUCUAAACUCUGUCAAACUACAAUCAUUCUAUUGAAUGAAUAGGAAAUUCUCCAAAGCUUGUCCAACCAGGCAACAGUUGCUAGGAAACCGUGCAUUUGUGGGUAUAGCAUGGAUAUGCCAAUUAUGAGAAGUAACAUGCACAUAGCACUUUUAAACACACACACAUACUCGCACACACCAAUCCACUCCACUACGGUUUACUUUUCAUUUAAAUGUGCUGCCUCUUUCCGUGCCUUGCUGUCGUGUCCUCGUUGAAGCCUGAUGUGUGUUUGUCCUACAGAUUGCUCUGUGCAGAAACACAUGAUUAAACAUUUGCACGCACACUGUCUGCGCCGCGGGGAGUUUCAUUUCGGAAAUCUCACCUUUUAUUUGCUCUAAGAGUCGCAGAGGGAGACAGCAUGGCACUUCUCUUUCCCUUCUGCCUUUUUUUUUUUACUUCUCUCUCUUUCUCUUGUGUCUUCUUAUCAGUUUCUUUCCCUCAUUUUUCAGCUUUUUUUCUCUCCUCUCUCUCCUGUCCUCUAUCUAUCUUCCUCCCUCUCCUCAUUUCACCUUGAAGGAUGGAGCUCUUAGCUGAAGAUAUUUCUCUUUUCCUGUUUUUGUGGUUGAGGUUUUUUCUUUUCUUUUUUCGAUGCCUGAUAGCUUCGUUUUCUGGACUUUUCACUUUGUAGAGUCAAGUCGUGUUUUAGAUAUGAAUGCCGGUGGUGUGGAGUUCUCUCAGCAGGAAUGGAUCGACUGCUGCUCUGCCCCAUUGCCCUGUUCUGACCUGUGUUCUGCUACGCCUCCGUCCACUUAGGAAGUCACCAACAGCUCUGCAAAAACUACAACUCUUGGUAAUAGGACUACAGGGAGGCAGAGUUCAGUCUUUUACUUUAUGCUUUAGACUUGGGCCCAAAUGAUGUGAAUAUACUGACACUUAUAACCAAUUAUAGCUAUUAUUUGGGUAUUGGAUCAUUCUCAACAUGUUCAUAUUCAUGCUUUGCCAUGCCUUUAUGAUGACCAGUGCAGCGGAAAUCUGUCUUAAAGGUUUAGAUCUGCAGAGCUUGAUGUUUUUCCUUCUCCAACACACCUGAUUCAGCGUAUGAAGGAUGUGAUGAUUGGCGGAUGAGUUGAGUCAGGGGUUUUGAAGCUCUAAGCCCGGCAUUACUGUGGCCCUGCAGGAAUAAAGUCUGACCUGUGUGAUUUAGCAGAGUAAGGAGCUCUAGAGCACCUUAAAGAGCCCAUGUUCUACCUUUUUUCUUGUAUUUGGUUUAUUUUUUCCUGAAUUCCACUUUCCACUGUUUGCAUGACUUUAUGCACCAAAAACAUUAAUUUUUUCAUGAUCAUUUUCCAACCUUCCUAAUCUCUUUGAAUUAAACAGUUUUUGUUACUGUGCAUUUAAGACUGAGAUAUUCUGAUUGGCUGCCCUAGUUCAAAAAGCAGUCCAGGUUCAGAUGUACUUCAUUGUAAACGAGUGGUGUCAAAACAGGAUGUUUUGCUGCUUUGCAUAAAUGGUCUGUAUGGUAACACUUUAUUAUGACGUCAUAAGUACAGAAUGUACAGAUGUUAACAUUUCCAUUAAACAGUGAUCCAUUUAAUGAUCACUGAAUGGGUAAUGCCAUACAUGUGACAGUUUAAUGGGCAUUAAAGCUGCACUAUGUAAGAUUUGAA